AUGCCUUCCAAGCUCAUUCUCACUGCUCUUGUGGCUAUAACCUCAGCCCAAGUCAUCAUCAACGGCAAGACCAUGGGAGGAGGAUCAAGCAGCGGCGUGACUUGUCCCGGUGUCCUUCACGCCACGGCCAAUAGCCAAGGCAGCAAUACGUACUGCUGUGUCGGGGGCACGCUCAACCUUAGCAACUGCCCCGGCUGGCCUGUCUGCACUGGCCCAACCCGUUUCGACCCCAAGUCGACAACGCUCAGCUGCGCGGCGACGGUCCCUCUUACUGCGAGUGACUACAAUGCGCGGGUUUCCAGCGCAAGCGACAGCUACUACAACGGGAUUGCCAGCCCAACAAAGCCUGCUCAAACCAGCGCCUCUCCCACUGGCCGCGGUGGCGGUGUCAAUUUCUCAGGAAACGUGACAGUUAGUGGCGCCGACAUGAUGCGCCCCGCGUGGAUUCCUGUCAUCGGCGGUGUGGUAGCUCUCGUGGCCGUGGGCUACUAA